AAAAUAAUUUCUCAAGUAUCUAAGGAAAUAGACACAUUAGCUCGUAAUAAUCUUAAGGAAGAAUUACGAGUAAUUGACCCAAUUUUAAUGAUGUCACCGACUAGUGCAAGUUCAGGAGGUGGAAUAAUGAAUUCUUCAAAUUUUGUUAAUACAAACAGCAUUACAACAAUCAAUGGGAGUGAUGGUUUAUGGGACGAAGGAUGGAAUGCAACUUAA